AUGGUGGUGCCACUUUUAUCGGGCGAUCUGGACAGUGAAUCGAAGUCUAACUCGACAAACUCGUUAUUUUCGCUGCGCGGCCAUCGCGACAGUUAUUCCAGUAUCGUGGACCAGUAUCUCACAGAAGAAGAAGAAGAAGGUGAAAAAGAAAACGAUGAUGACGCACAAAAAGCGGAAAAUUCACAUCAUCGGUCCUCUCCCCUGCGACAAUACACCAGCGAAGAGCCCACGGCUCUCACGCUCAACUAUACGAGUCGUGGCCGGCGUUUUUCGUCGGUUUCGGCAGCACCCCCACCACAAUUGCCCGCUGCAGACGACAAACUCGUUAUAGUGCUGGUGGGACUCCCUGCAAGCGGUAAAUCAACGGUUUCGAACCAUCUGAUCCAGUAUCUCGGCCAAGACCCACGCACAACUCAUUUGCGCUGCAAAAUUUACAAUGCCGGCCAAGUAAGACGGAAACUUAGCUGUCGUGGUAGACCCAUGAUGCUCGCCAACAACUCAUCUGAAGACUUGUUCAACCCGAAAAAUUCCCAAAAGAAGGAACAAUACGCAAGACUUACGCUCCAACACAUGUUUUCGGAUCUGGACCAGGAUUCUUGCGAUGUAGCCAUUUUCGAUGCCACAAAUUCUACCGAACAGAGACGUGCCUAUAUUUUCCAACAGUUGCGCGUCUAUAACGCCGAUGCGAACCGCUAUUACCACAUCACUCCCGUGGUACUCCAAGUGUCAUGUACUGAACGCGCGUUUGUUCGUUUCAACAUCCAUAACAAAACUUUCAAUCAGGACUAUUUCGAUAAACCUUAUGAAUUUGCAGUACGCGAUUUUGCCAAACGACUAGCUCACUACCAUUCCCAGUACAUUCCCUUCACAAAAGCGGAAUUUUGUAGUCAUAUGGCUGAAGGCAGAUUGGUCAAUGAAGAUUACGGGUUGUUUUGGUAUAGCGUAAUCAAUGCAGGGUAUUCAGAUGCCUCAAUUGAAACCAAAAAACAUCACCCACCAGGAGCAACCCAAUAUUUGACACAAUUGAUAAAUUCUAUCGAGCUUUUCAUCGAAUGCUAUUCUAACAUUUAUGCCCGGCAGUAUAUUCAAGACGUUCAGGAUUUCGCCAAGGGAAAGACUCCAUCCAACAGAACAUCUGCUCCUACUCUCCAGGUUCCCGCAGACUCUUCAAGCUCACGUUCCACUACCGAUGUACCGUACGCCUCAAUUUUGAAUGGGAUUGUCAAUGACGAUUACUUCUGCAAAAUUCUCAAAGGACCGUUCGCGUAG